UUUUCCAACUCGUUCGUCGUGCUGCCAGUUACUGAAAUGGAUUUGGUUGGCUCAGAUCAUUGUGAGGAUCAGAACCCGGAUGUCGAUAUCAGUACAAGUAGCAAUAGGAUGUCUGAACCUGCAGAGAUCAUCAUUGAAUAUGAGCACACCUUCACAAGUACCGAUGCCAAAAUUGGACAUUCUACUCCUAAGCGGAAAAGGAAUGAAUCUAUGAGUGCUGCAGUUAGAGAUGGAGGGCUGAAGAGACUGACAAGUCCUCAAUCAGACAACUGUGAUGUCUUGUCAAUAUCUUCAACUACAGUGACAGCAUCUGAAUGCAAUAUAAGGUAUUGCUGUUAUUCAUUCAAGUUCUGA